AUGACAUCUUCAAGCUCUGCCCAGCAUCCAGCAGCUGAGAAUGCCUGCAGAAUCGCACUGGGACAAGUUAACCAGGUGCGACCCAAACUGCCGCUUCUGAAGAUUCUGCAGGCUGCAGGUGCCCAAGGUGAAACCUUCACGCUGAAGGAGGUCAUGCAUUACCUAGGACAGUAUAUAAUGGUGAGGCAGCUAUAUGACAAAAGACAGCAGCACAUGGUCUAUUGUGGAGGAGAUCAGCUAGGAGAACUGCUGGGGCUGGAGAGCUUCUCUGUAAAAGAUCCAAGCCCAGUCUAUGACAUGUUGAAACGGAACCUGACUUCUGCUGCAAUGGCAGAUGCUGCACAGAAUCUCGCAAAGGAACAGAGCGUCGAUAAGCCAAGCCAAGACCAGCUGAAGUUUAGCCAUCAAGAAGGUUCUGACACCGGCAUCGUGGAGGGUGAAAGCAAUGCUUCUGCUUUGUCUACCUCAGAGCAAAAAUGUGACAAUUAUGAAGACAAAGACUUAAUAGAAAACCUCUCUAAAAGCAAGAAGCCUAAACUGGACCUAGUGUUUGAGGAAUGGGAUGUAGCUGGUCUUCCAUGGUGGUUUUUAGGCAACCUCAGAAGCAAUUACAAGUCCAGAAGUAAUGGAUCAACAGAUAUUCAGACUAACCAGGAUUUUCAGCCUCUCCCUGUGUGUUCCUGUCCCUGCCUUUCACAUCAGGUGGACAUAGACACUGCCGUUGUUUCGGAUACUACUGAUGAUUUGUGGUUCCUCAACGAAUGCCCGUCAGAUCAGAGCAGUGCUGUGGUCAAGGUGGAAACAGUUGACUGCGAGGAAGUGAAAGAAGGUGACAAAAAGGUGACUGAGGAUGCGUGUUUGCAUGACUUUGAGGAUUCUCAGUGCUUAAGUGAUGACACGGAUACAGAAGCUGCUUCUGAGGACUGCUGGCAAUGCACCAAAUGCAAGAAAUUUAACUCUCCAGGCAAACGGUACUGUUACCGCUGCUGGGCCUUACGGAAGGACUGGUACUCAGAUUGUCCCAAACUGGCUCAUUCUCUUUCUCUGUCCAACAUUGAUGCUAUGCAAAACAAAAAUGAUGAAGGGAUCGAUGUCCCGGACUGCCGAAGGACUAUUUCUGCUCCAGUUGGCCAAGCCAAAGACCUGUACACGGUAGAAAACAAAUCACGUGUAGAUCCCUGCAGCUCUAUUGAGUCUUUGGAUUUGGCACAAGAAUGUGAAAGCCAGAAGUCUCUGUUGCAUUUCACUGAACAUAAAAAGGAGGAAGAAAUACAGUCUUUAGAAAGUAUAAAAAAAUUACUGAACCCUUGCUUCUUAUGUCAUCACAGACCACGGGAUGGGAAUAUUGUCCACGGAAGGACUGCUCACCUUGUGGCCUGUUUCAAGUGUGCAAAGAUGCUGAAAAAAAAGAGAUCACCUUGCCCAGUUUGCAGGAAGGAGAUUGAGAUGGUGAUCAGGAUCUUUAUGGGGUAG